GCCCUGCCAGCCCAGCCCAGGCUGGCCCAGCUUAGCCACACAUGCACCAUGAAGUACCCUUUGAUGCCGCUGGUGAACGACCUCACAUUUUCUUUCCUGGUUUUCUGGUUCUGCCUCCCUGUGGGUUUGCUGUUCUUAUUGAUCAUCUGGCUACGCUUCUUACUUAGCCAAGAUUCAGAGGAAAAUGACUCCGAUGUAUGCUUGGAUUGGGAGCCCUGGAGCAAAGGCCCGGCCGAGUUUUGCUGGAAGGGGACACUCCACGGCCAAGAGAAGGAGAGGCCCUGCUGUUUGGUUUUCGUGGAGUCAGCAGGGCAGUGGUAAUGGCAGAAGUGGAUGGGAGAGACUUGCCAGGGAGGCAAGAGGACUUUGGCAACUCUGGUGCCUCCCUGGAACCCCCAACUCAUCUCCUCUUCAGACCGACAUGCGAAAGCCUCCAGAGGACCCAGCCUUUCUCCAGCAUCACAGAUGACCUCCAGCCCUCCAGGGAGCCGCCCGAGUCUGGGAGGGCAUGGGAGCAGUGAACCGGCCCACUGGGAGAAAUUGGCCAAUUUAAUUCAGAGAGGUCUUAAAGCAGGGCUGGGCUGGAGGGUGUGGGUCCAUAUUAAAGAAGCGAGGGGCUUCCCAUGCCUGGGGGAACCCUGACAAACCUA